GCCCCAGCCAUGCCAUUCUCCCCCUCUGCCCAUCCUCGGCUCUCUUCCGAGUCACCGACGUCCUGUUGCCCGCUCACCGCAUGCUCUCGCCCGCCAUGCUCACGAACACGCGUCGUUCAGUGGCGCGCUCGCUCUCUCGCGUGCCUCGCAGCUUCACUCCGGGCUUGACUGCUGGCACGCGUCUGGACAACGACCAUGACGCGCAUCCGUCCCUGGCUCGCUCGCUGUCGUCGCUCAGAAGCUCUGCUCGAGGCCGGCCUGCCGCUGCCGCUGACACAUGGAGGAACGCGCAUCUCCGUGAACGCACUGCAAUCCCUUCCAUUCAUACCGCCCUGUCAGACACCCGCAGAGCCGUCUCGGCGCCCUCACCAGACAGGAAGCCCCACUUUGACAAGAUCCUCAUCGCGAAUCGAGGCGAGAUCGCGUGUCGUGUGAUCCGCACGGCGAAGAAGCUGGGAAUAACGACCGUCGCGGUCUACAGCGAGGUGGAUGCCGACGCACUGCACGUUCGCUUGGCGGACGAGGCGUACUGUAUCGGGCCUGCCGCAUCAUCGGAGAGCUACCUCCGCAUGGACAAGAUCAUCAAAGUCUGCCACCGUAGCGGCGCUCAGGCCGUACACCCCGGCUACGGCUUCCUCAGCGAGAACGCGCACUUUGCGGAACGUCUCGCGCACGAGGGCAUCGCGUUCAUAGGCCCUCCCGCCAGUGCCAUCGUGAGCAUGGGUUCCAAGAGCGAGUCAAAGACGAUCAUGUCAGACGCGGGCGUGCCAGUCGUCCCAGGCUAUCACGGGGCAGAUCAGGAUCCCGCACUGCUCGCUCAAGAAGCGACUCGGAUCGGCUAUCCGGUGCUCAUCAAAGCCGUGCACGGCGGCGGCGGCAAAGGCAUGCGCGUCGUGCGCUCCGCUGCCGAAUUCGCGGACACGCUGGAGAGCGCACAGCGCGAGGCGCGCAAGGCGUUCGGGAACGAGCACGUACUGGUCGAAAAGUUCAUCGAGCGGCCGAGGCACGUCGAGGUGCAGGUGUUUGCGGAUGCGCUGGGCGGGUGCGUGAGUCUGUGGGAGAGGGACUGCUCGGUGCAGAGGAGGAACCAGAAGAUCAUCGAGGAGGCACCGGCACCCGGCUUGUCACCGGAGUUGCGCGCGGACCUGAGCGCAAAGGCCGUUGCGGCUGCCAAGGCUGUGAACUACGUCGGUGCCGGCACCGUCGAGUUCAUCUUUGACAACGAUACGGACAAGUUCUACUUCAUGGAGAUGAACACGCGGUUGCAGGUGGAACACCCUGUCACGGAGAUGAUCACCGGGUUAGAUCUGGUCGAGUGGCAGCUGGAGGUGGCAGCAGGCAACCCGCUCCCUCUCGAUCAGUCGGAAGUCCCGCUGGUAGGGCACGCCUUCGAAGCGCGGAUAUACGCCGAGAACCCGCGCAACGACUUCCUCCCCGACUCCGGGCAUCUGCUCUACCUCUCCACCCCGACGCCCACGCUCACCUUCGCGGCCCCCGUCCCUCCCGCAUCACGCCCGCCCGCCGAGGCGCUCGUCCCCGCCCUCAGCGGCUCUGCACACGCCGCGGUCGUGCCGUCCGUGCGCGUCGAGCAGGGCUUCGAGGCGGGCGCGCAGAUCGGCGUGUUCUACGACCCGAUGAUCGCGAAGCUCGUCGUGCACGGCCGGGACCGCACGGAGGCGCUGCGCAUGCUGCGGGGCGCGCUCGACGCGUACAGGGUCGUGGGCGUUUCUACGAAUGUGGAGUUUUUGAGGACGCUUGCGGGGCAUGGCGCGUUUGUGGAUGGGGAGCUGGAGACUGGAUUCAUACCUGUGAGUGCGUCGCGAAGUUUGUAUGCUAAGUCGGGAGUAGAAACAUCGUGCGGAGCUGUUAGGGUGAGACGCACUCGCUCUGUCUCGCCGUGCGUCGCCACUGGCAUGCGUGCACGAGACUGCCAGAUGGAUCCACGUGAGGUACGACCGUGCAGUAUGUUAGAGAUCGUGCCAUGUAAGGAGCAGAGAGGCCUUUCACCGGAUACAAGGCAUAUCGGACACUUUGCCGCAGUCUACGCUAGUCUCUGCAGCUCACAAAGGCCUGGUAAGCACGCUUUUGUUUUGACUACACUGAGUUGUGACCCAUCAUCUAUUUCCAGCUAG